UCAGAGGGGACCUCGCGAUCCCGGAAGCGCCUAAUAGGAACCAAGAUGGCGGACGUGGAAUCCCCUCAGAAGUUGUCCGGAGCGCCUCCGCCACCGGAGGGUGUGGGAGGAGGCCGCUGCUCCGAAAUCUCCACCGAGCUCAUUCGCUCCCUGACAGACCUGCAGGACCUGGAAGCUGUGUACGAACGACUCUGCGGCGAGGAGACUGUCUUCAAAUUUGCUACCUUCCUGUGGCAACCUCCCAAGCUGCUGGUAUUACAGAAAGUGGUGGAGAAAGAGCUGGAUUCUCUUUUGGAACAGCAAAACACCAUUGAAAGUAAGAUGGUCACUCUCCAUAGGAUGGGUCCCAACCUGCAGUUGAUUGAGGGAGAUGCAGAGCAGCUGGCUGGAAUGAUCACCUUUACCUGCAACCUAGCUGAGAAUGUGUCCAGCAAAGUCCGUCAGCUUGACCUGGCCAAGAACCGCCUCUAUCAGGCCAUUCAGCGAGCUGAUGAUAUCUUGGACCUGAAGUUCUGCAUGGAUGGAGUUCAGACUGCUUUGAGGAAUGAAGAUUAUGAGCAGGCUGCAGCCCACAUUCAUCGUUACUUGUGCCUGGACAAAUCAGUCAUUGAGCUUAGCCGACAAGGCAAAGAAGGAAGCAUUAUUGAUGCCAACCUGAAAUUGCUACAGGAAGCUGAGCAGCGUCUUAAAGCCAUAGUAGCAGAGAAGUUUGCUUUGGCUACCAAAGAAGGUGAUUUGCCCCAAGUGGAGCGAUUCUUCAAGAUCUUCCCACUACUAGGUUUGCAUGAGGAUGGGCUAAGCAAGUUCUCAGAAUACCUUUGCAAACAGGUGGCCAGUAAGGCUGAGGAGAACCUGCUCUUGGUGCUGGGGUCAGACAUGAGUGAUCGAAGAGCUGCAGUCAUCUUUGCAGAUACUCUCACGCUCCUGUUUGAGGGGAUUGCCCGAAUUGUGGAAACCCACCAACCCAUAGUGGAGACUUACUAUGGUCCUGGGAGACUCUAUACCCUGAUCAAAUACCUUCAAGUAGAAUGUGACAGACAGGUGGAGAAGGUGGUGAACAAGUUCAUCAAGCAGAGGGACUACCACCAGCAGUUCCGGCUUGUCCAGAGUAACUUGAUGAGAAAUUCUGCAACAGAGAAAAUUGAACCAAGGGAGCUGGAUCCUGUCCUGACUGAGGUCACCCUGAUGAAUGCUCGAAGUGAGCUGUACUUACGCUUCCUUAGGAAGAGGAUCAGUGCAGAUUUUGAGGUGGGGGACUCCAUGGCUUCAGAAGAUGUAAAGCAAGAGCACCAGAAGUGCCUGGACAAACUCCUCAAUAACUGCCUAUUGAGCUGUACCAUGCAGGAGCUAAUUGGCUUCUAUAUUACCAUGGAGGAGUACUUCAUGAGGGAGACUGUCAAUAAGGCUGUGGCUCUGGAUACCUAUGAGAAGGGCCAGUUGACCUCCAGCAUGGUGGAUGAUGUCUUCUACAUUGUUAAAAAGUGCAUUGGGCGAGCUCUGUCCAGCUCUAACAUCGACUGUCUCUGUGCCAUGAUCAACCUUGCCACCAGAGAGCUGGAGGCUGACUUCAGGGAUGUUCUAUGCAAUAAGCUGCGGAUGGGCUUCCCAGCCACCACCUUACAGGACAUCCAGCGUGGGGUGACGAGUGCUGUGAACAUCAUGCACAGCAGCCUCCAGCAGGGCAAGUUUGACACGAAAGGGAUCGAGAGCACCGAUGAAGCCAAGCUGUCCUUCCUGGUGACUCUGAAUAAUGUGGAAGUCUGCAGUGAAAAUAUCUCAACUCUGAAGACGACUCUAGAGAGUGACUGCACCAAGCUGUUCAGUCAGGGCAUUGGAGGGGAGCAGGCCCAAGCCAAGUUUGACAGCUGCCUUUCUGACUUGGCUGCUGUGUCCAACAAAUUUCGAGACCUCUUGCAGGAAGGGCUGGCCGAGCUCAACAGUUCAGCAGUCAAGCCUCAAGUGCAGCCUUGGAUCAACACUUUUCUCUCAGUCUCCCACAACAUCGAGGAGGAAGAAUUCAAUGACUAUGAGGCCAAUGACCCUUGGGUACAGCAGUUCAUUGUCAACCUGGAACAGCAGAUGGCAGAGUUCAAGGCCAGCCUGUCCCCAGUCAUCUAUGACAGCCUGACCGGACUCAUGACCAGCCUUGUUGCUGUUGAAUUAGAAAAGGUGGUUCUGAAGUCUGCCUUCAAUAGGCUAGGCGGUCUGCAGUUUGACAAGGAACUGAGGUCACUCAUUGCUUACCUGACCACGGUGACAACCUGGACCAUCCGAGACAAGUUCGCCCGGCUCUCACAAAUGGCUACAAUCCUCAACCUAGAGCGGGUGACUGAGAUACUAGAUUACUGGGGUGCCAACUCUGGCCCUUUGACGUGGCGCCUCACCCCUGCUGAAGUGCGACAGGUCCUGGCUCUGCGCAUAGACUUCCGCAGUGAGGACAUCAAGAGGCUGCGCCUGUAGCUGCCGUGUGGUCCACGUGGCCCACCAGACGUCAGGACCUCUUUUCUAAGUAGCUGCAGCCAAAGAGCCAUGCAAAGCCAGCCGGGGGCCCAGACUACACCACUGCGAAACAACCAGAAAGCAAGGACUGGACCCACUCCCAAGUCCUGCCCAGAAGCAAUGGGGAGCGUGCUUUAGGACAGCCUUUCCCAACUGAGAGAGGUGGAAGACCAAGCGGGCAGCAUGUGGAUGGCCCAGGCAGGCAGUCUUCCCACGAGUGGUCAUUCUCUCACCCUCCCACUGCAGCAGGUACAGUGACCCUGACAGCAUGAGAACUUGAAGGCACCCAGGGACCUAAAGGCAAGGCUGUGAUGUUCACAAAUAAACAUCAGGAAAAACA